AUGGGUCGGCGUUCAAUGAUGCAGUCAUAUGAAUACGGUGUAUACGGACAGGUGGCCUUGUUGGCCACCGUCGCCCUUGCAGUACAAGCAGUCGUUGUUCAAGCCGCUGAAGAUAGACCGCAAGGAGAUUUUAGAAAAUGUCUGGAAGUUUCACCAGAAUGUCCCGUCUAUGCUACGCUCUAUGGAUACACUCCUAACAUGGGCGCCAACGCCUUCCUCUGUGCCCUUUUCGGAGUUUGCUUCAUCUCGAGCGUCGUUAUCGGUAUCAUGACUAAGACUUGGACGUACACUGCAGCACUUGGUGUAGGAACCUUCCUCGAAACAGCUGGCUACGUCGGCCGAGUCAUCAUGAAUGGCAACCCAUGGAACGAAUCCGGCUUCAAACUACAAAUUUGCUGUCUUGUCCUGGGCCCAAGUUUUGUCGCUGCAGCCGUCUAUUUGACCCUGAAACACUUUGUGUUGUACUGUGGACCGGAACACUCUCUGCUCAAGGCGAACCUGUACCCCUGGAUUUUCAUCGGGUGCGACUUCGGCUCCAUCGUUCUGCAGGCAGUAGGCGGUGGUAUGGCUGCGGCGGCUGGCACCAAGAACGUUAAAUUGAUCAAUGCUGGUAACAACCUUAUCGUCGCCGGUAUUGCCUUUCAGGUUCUGACCAUGGCCGUCUGCGGCAUCCUGGUCAUCAUAUACAUCUUCAGAUACCGAAAGGCUCGCUCCAACCAGGCCUCCCUGAACGAGAAGAGCUCAUACCAGGUCGACAAAGAGCAGGGUGGUGUAUCACUCGGAAAGAUUAAGCUCUUCGGUGCCAUGAUCACCCUUGCCUACACCACUAUCCUCAUUCGUUGUAUCUAUCGUCUACCUGAGAUGGCUGGCGGUUGGGGCAAUGCACUCAUGCGAAACGAGAAGGAGUUCCUUCUUCUGGACGGAAUGAUGCUUGCAAUUGCCUGUGUUGCCCUCACACUGUUUCACCCAGCUUACUGGUUCCCUCCCUUUGCUGCAUUCCGCCGCCGCAAGUAA